AGUUUGAGAGCAUAUAAAUGUGAGUUCAAGAGUGACAUAAGGCAUCAGUUACAAACACCAAUUCUUUCAGCUCACAAUGAAAACAUUCGCAGUUGCUCUCCUAGCCACCGUGGCUCAAGCUCAAGAGGCUUACUAUUACAAGUGGAGCCCAGAAACACCGGUGGCUCCUGCCUUCAAGUUCCCAGAAAACAUCCCAGUUCCUUUUCCAGCCACAAAUGAGCCCAAUGGAAAUGCCGGCUAUCAGUAUCAAUACACCCCUGAGCAGCCCAAUAGCCGACCUUUCAAGGUUCCUGAGGAUUACACGCCUGUGGACUUUAAGUAUCAAUAUGUGAUCAAACCCAGUGAUAACUUCAAGUACAAGUAUCAACCGACCCCUGGGGAAUUCGACUUCACCGCCACUCCCAAUCCAGACAUGAUGAAUCUCACCCCGGACGAGAUUAAAGCCAAAUCAGCCAGUGUGGCCUCCAGUGUUCGUGAUGUGGGAGCAUUAUUGUCUGCUGUCAAGUCAGAUGACAUUAAGGCCAUCACGGGUGAAUUGGGCUUCGGCCAAGACUUUGACUUGGCGGGCGUUUCAGGUGGAAUUAACAAAAUUGGCGACUUCAUUGAGAAAGGUGGGGCGGCUGGUGCUGAGAUUGCCACCGAUAUUGGCUCUUCGAAUGCUGUUCCAAAGGCCAGCCCCCAAGUCACUGAACCGUCUGAUGCGCCUUGGCCAAUAUCCAUAGCCGCAUAUCUGGGCUUUCCUCAGGGUUCAUUUAUUCCUAUCGGUCGUCCAAUUGUAUACUUAUUUAAUUGAGCUAUUAUCGUGCUUCACUGCAAACAUAUGCGAUUUUAAGGGAAUAGACACUUUUUACACGGUUUUAA